AUGAAUUCAACUGCAGCAUCAGACUCGACGGGGACAGUUCCUGAAUGCGAUCCAGCGAUUCUGCAAGGAACGCUUGAUCAUACAAGCCAGGAGGCUAAUGGAUGGCUUGUCCUCAUUACCGUCAUCUGCAUCGUUACCUGUCCACUUACAACUGCAAUGAAUGCACUAAUCAUUAUCGCUGUAAAGACUAAAAACCAAUUGAAAACCAAGUCUAACAUUGCGCUCGCUUGUUUGUCGACUACUGAUCUGGCAAUGGGUGUGAUUGGCAAACCUCUAUAUAUCUCUGAGGUGAUCGCCGAACUGCAAGGAAACACUUCCAGUACGUACUGUAUAAGAACGCUGUUAGCGACAAUCGUCUUAAGAGUGUUAGGUAUAUAUAGCAUCACUGUCUCACUUAGCCAUGGUGAACCUAGAGAGGUACAUUGCUAUCAAACAUGCUCUGCGGUACGAAACCAUCGUCACUGAAAAACGCCUCACUUGUUUGUCAUCUCUCCUGUGGAUUAUGUUAUUGCCAAUAACUGUCUCUUUAAACUGACAACAAUGAUACUUUUCUCCUUGAUAUUUUGUUAUUUACCUUUCAUAGUAGCACGAAUACUAAUAUCAUAGUCUGUCAUCAAUUCAGUCAAUUCGGCAUACAUAGCCCUAUUUACAGGCAGAACAGUGGCAAUUUUCAACUCGAUGGUCAACCCGAUCAUUUACUGUGUACGAAUUAGACAGUUUCGCGUUGCGUUCAUUCAACUUUUGUUUAGAAAAAGCAGCACGGAAGCUUAA